GACUUCAAGAAGUGGGCUUUGUCUAAGAUUUGUCUUAUUGGACAAUUUGUGUUGGGAAGGAAAGCCACACACACACACAUAUAUAUAUAUAUAUGGCUACUUGGCAACAUAGCUCGGAGAUGUUGAAACGUUUGACUGAACGGAUUCAAAGUAAAAGCAGUCUUUCUUGUCACUUGCGUAGUUUAGCUCAGUUCGGUCAACUUUGCUUAAGACGAUUUAGUUGGAGCCAACACUGUACUUCUCAGAAGAUUUGUCAGUCGGGUUUUCUUCACGAUUCCCAUAGUUUACUUUUGAGAAGAUACAGUGCAAGUGGCUCUGAAUAUUAUUUUCCUGGAGCCGUGGGUGCUCCCUAUACCGACAAACUAGAGUUGAUUGCUGGAGAAAAGGAAGGAAGAGUGCCGUGCUUCCGUAUUAUGAACGAAUAUGGAGAAAUCAGUUCAAACAUUGCGAAAGAAUAUCAUCCUGAUCAUCAGAUGGAACCUUCAGUGAUGACGAGUAUGUAUCAACACAUGUUGAAGUUGCACGUGAUGGAUACAAUGUUAUACAGUGCACAGAGACAAGGGAGAAUCAGUUUCUAUAUGACAAGCUUUGGAGAGGAAGCAACUGCAAUUGGCUCAGCAGCAGCACUAGAAACAGCGGAUGUGAUAUUUGGUCAAUAUCGAGAACAAGGAGUUUUACUGUGGAGAGGGUUUACAUAUCGAGACUUUUGUAAUCAGUGUUGUGGUAAUGCUUUAGAGCCAGCGAAAGGAAGACAAAUGCCGGUGCAUUAUGGUUCGAAAGAACUCAAUUUUGUGACUAUUUCUUCUCCGCUCGCAACUCAGAUACCACAAGCGAGUGGUUAUGCUUAUGGAAUGAAGUUGAGUAAUUCAAAAAAUAUUACUGUUUGUUAUUUUGGAGAAGGAGCUGCAUCUGAAGGAGACUUCCAUGCGGCACUCAAUUUUGCUGCAACUUUGGAGUGUCCAGUAUUGUUUAUAUGUAGAAAUAACGGAUAUGCCAUUUCUACUCCUGCAAAAGAACAGUACAGAGGCGAUGGAAUAGCAGGACGAGGUCUUGCUUAUGGGAUUGACAGUAUGAGAGUGGAUGGAAAUGAUCUUUGGGCAGUUUAUUUUGCGGUAAAGGAAGGAAAGCGACGAAUUCUCCAGACAAGCCGACCUCUUUUAUUAGAGCUUCUUACUUAUCGAGGUGGUCAUCAUAGUACAAGUGAUGAUUCCUCUCGCUAUCGACAGAAGAAUGAGAUUGAGUUGUAUUCAGAACGUUUGAGUCCUUUGCGUCGAAUGAAGCGUUUCUUAGCGUUUAGGAAUUGUUGGAAUGACGAAAUGGAUGAAAAGUAUAUUGAAGAGCAAAGAAAGGAACUACUUACUGCCCUGGAAGAAGCAGAAAAAGCUCCCAAGGCUCCUUUGGAGGAUCUAUUUCAUGAUGUUUAUGAUCAGUUAACUCCCAAUUUGGAACGACAAAAGACUAUGUUAUUUGAAUUUUUAGAAAGGGAGAAACAUCCUACGCACUUUUCCUAGUUGGUGAUAAAUAGAGAAUUAAGGAUAGUUAGAUAAACGAAAUUAUACUCAUUUCAAACUCGUUGAGAGUCUCUUCAGUAAAAAGUAGAAUGGUUGGUCUCUAUUUUGAUAAAAGAAUGAAGCAGUAGGCACUUUCUCAUCUAUAUAUUGCCCCAACUACAUAAAUAGUCGAAUGAUUUC